GUUGGGAAGGUCAAGGGAGGGGAAAGAACAUAUGGACUCCAGCCAUUUUGGGAGUUCUGAGGCCUAUCUGAUCUCACCGCCUCCUUUUCCUCCCCCUAGCUCUGGCCUCUGUGAACUCUGCUUCUCCAGAUAAGUAAACCCCAAGGAGGACUGACCAGAGCUUGAAUUUCUAAACCAUGGCCCAUGGAUCAGUGAUGUUCAAUGAUGUGUCCAUAGUCUUCUCUCAGGAGGAGUGGGAAUACCUGGACUUGGCACAAAGGGACUUGUACAGAGAUGUUAUGUUGGAGAAUUACAGCAACUUGGUCUCAUUGGGAUGCUUCAUUUCUAAGCCAGAUGUGAUUUCCUUAUUGGAGCAAGGAAAGGAGCCCUGGAAAGUUGUGAGGAAAGGAAGGAGGCGAUAUCCAGGUGAGUGAGAGCCAGUUGAGUAGGGGGAAGCCAUCACAGAAGAAACCACCCAACUAGUUAGGAAGAGGCACACUCUACUGAUGUUGUUUAAAAAGUCCUCUUUCAAGGUCCAAGGCCUGAGGCACCUGGCUGGCUCACC